CAAAAAUAAAUUAAACAAAUAUAAAUAAAAAACAUCUGCUCCUGCAGGUCGGCAUUUUUUAUUCCUUUUUUUUAUUAUUUAUUUUUGGUUUAUUUCGUUUCAAGAGGUGACGAACCAAAAAAACAGAAGAUGACGGGAACGGCCAUUAACGGGAACGAAAAUUACGACAGAGCCAGAGAGGUUAAACAGUUCGACGAUUCCAAAACGGGAGUCAAAGGUCUCGUUGACUCCGGUCUAACCUCCAUCCCACGCAUCUUCAUCCAUCCACCCGAAACUCUGUCCGAUCUGAAACCCACCUCGCAAACCCGACCCGAUUCCAUCCCCACCAUCGACCUCUCGGGUUCCGAUUCCGAGGAUCGCCGACCCUCCAUCGUCGACCAAAUUGGCCGAGCCGCUCGCGAAUUCGGCUUCUUCCAGGUCACCAACCACGGAAUCCCAACCGAGACGCUCGACCGAACGAUCGCAGCCAUCAAGGGUUUCCACGAGCAGCCGGAGGAGAUCAGGUCGAAGGUGUACACUAGAGAGUCGGGGACCGGCGUAUCGUACAUAUCCAACGUCGAUCUGUUCCAAUCCAAGGCGGCCAGCUGGAGGGACACGAUCCAAUUGCGGAUGGGACCCACCCCGCCGGCGCCGGAACUUAUCCCGGAGAUAUGCCGGAAGGAAGUGGUGGAGUGGGAUAAGGAAGUCGUUCGGUUGGGAGAGAUCUUGUUGGGUUUGAUGAGCGAAGGGCUGGGAUUGAAUACGGAGAGGUUGAAGGAGUUGACGUUUCUGGAAGGGAGGGUUAUGGUGGGCCACUACUAUCCCCACUGUCCUCAGCCUGAUCUGACGGUCGGGCUUAAUUGUCAUACCGAUCCCGGAGCUUUCACUGUGGUGUUGCAGGACCAGACCGGUGGGUUGCAGAUCAAGUAUGAUGGAGUUUGGGUGGAUGUGAAACCUGUCCCUGGGGCUCUUGUUAUCAAUGUUGGAGACUUACUUCAGAUUGUUUCCAACGAUGAAUAUAAAAGCGUGGAGCACAGGGUUUUGGCGAACUCGUCCGGCGAACCACGAGUGUCUAUCGCCGUGUUCUUCAAUCCGGGUAAAAGAGAGGAGCUUUAUGGUCCUUUGCCGGAACUGGUAUCGCCGGAGAAACCAGCACAUUUCCGACAGUUUACGUUGUCGGAGUUCUUGGGAAGGUUUUUCACCAAAGAGUUGGAUGGGAAAUCCUUGAAAAAUUACUUUAGACAGGAGACCGAAUGAUAAAAAAGAGAUGAAUGUGGAAUUUGCAAGUAUAUGUAGAAUAAUAAGCUGGUUCGAGAGAGCUUGCUAGUUGCUGCUGUGUAUGAUAUAUUUGUAGUUUUUUUCUUGUUUUUUCGUUAAUACUUAUAUAUUUGUAGUUGAAUCUAAUUAGUGUAUUCAGAAAUAUGAAUGCAUUAUACAUGUAUCUAUUUAAUAAAUAAAAACUUUGCAGUACCAUUAAUGGUUAA